AUGUGGAAACAAGCUGAUGAAGUUAAUCCUACUGGUGGGGAGAGUCCAGUCAACUAUGGCUGGAUGAAAACUGGGGGUGGCCUCCAGCCUGUAAGGUUUGCUGGAAAUCCUGUACCCAGCUCUAUGACUAAAGCCGACAAUGGAGAGGAGAGGGUCCAAAUGAUGGCUGAGGAAGAUGUGGAUUCAGACAGUGUAUGGAUCCGCUACGAAGAGGGCUCCGCCUGCGUCAUUUCCACAAUCUGUAACAACAACAACAACAACAAUCUGUCAGCAAAAACUAGACCAGAAAGUCAAGCACCAUCUGUUUGCGAUGAGCGGCACGAGUCGGGUCAUCAGAUUCUGAUGGUCGGAGCGUCCCUCUUCGCCAGCAACAUCGGAUCGGAGCAUUUCAUCGGCCUGGCGGGAUCGGGAGCAGCAGGUGGCAUUGGUGUUGGCGCGUUUAAUUUCAACUCCAUCAUUUUGCUGCAACUGAUGGGAUGGAUCUUCUUGCCAGUCUUCAUAGCCAGUGGAGUAUGCACAGUUCCAGAGUACAUGAAAAAGAGAUUCGGUGGGAAAAGGAUCCAGAUGUACCUGGCCUGUCUUUCACUGGUUCUUUAUAUCUUCACCAAAAUAUCAGUUGAUUUGUAUUCUGGAGCUUUAUUCAUCAACCAAGCCUUGAAAUGGGACAUCUAUGGUUCCAUCAUGGCACUCCUUGCCCUGACAGCUUUAUUCACAAUGACAGGGGGUUUAGCGGCUGUCAUCUACACCGACACGCUCCAGUUCUUCAUCAUGAUCAUCGGCUCCCUUGUUGUUAUGGUCAUGGGUUUCCAAAAGGUCGGUGGAUAUGAACAACUCCAGUACAAGUAUAUGCAAGCAGCACCAAAACUCACUUAUGAAAAUACAACCUGCGGUGUUCCUCGAAAAGAUUCCUGGAUAAUGCUUCGUGAUCCCGUGAAUUCUGACCUGCCCUGGCCUGCAUUUCUUCUGGGUCAGACCCCGGCGUCAAUAUGGUACUGGUGUGCUGACCAGAUGAUGAUCCAGCGAACGCUUGCUGCCAAAUCUCUCUCUCAUGCUCAGGGUGCCACAAUCUUCACGGCCUACAUCAAAAUCUUGCCUUUCUUCGUGAUUAUUCUACCAGGAAUGAUAUCCAGGACACUCUUUCCAGACGAUGUUGCUUGCGUUUUGCCUGAAGAAUGUUUGCGAGCUUGUGGGUCAACCUCAUCUUGCUAUAACUCUGCUUAUCCUCGCCUGGUGGUUGGUAUCAUGCCAGCAGGACUAAAAGGCUUCAUGAUGGCUGUCAUGCUAGCUGCUCUGAUGAGUGAUCUGACGUCAAUCUUUAAUUCAGCCUCGACUCUGUUCACCCUUGAUUUGUGGUCUAAAAUACGUCCGAAAGCUAAAACCCGUGAACUGCUCAUUGUUGGUAAAGUAUUCAUUAUCCUCUUAGUCGCAACAUCAGUAGCCUGGGUUCCAAUCAUAGAACAUCUCCAAAGUGGUCAGUUGUUCAUAUACAUCCAGAAGAUAGCAGCGUACUUAGCACCACCCAUUGCUUGUGUCUAUGCCAUGGCUGUCACGUGGCCAAGAAUGAAUGAGAAAGGAGCCUUUUGGGCUCUCAUGGCAGGCUUAGUUAUUGGAACCAUUAGGAUGAUCCUGGAUUUCUCUUAUGGUGUUCCUAGCUGUGGGCAGGAAGACACCCGACCAUCAGUGAUCAAAAUAAACUUCAUGUACUUUGCAACACUUCUCUUUUGGCUUACUGGAUUAAUUGCAGUCGUCGUUUCUUAUUUGACAAAACCCCCUGAGGAUUACAUGCUGAUUCGGACAACAUACGCCAGACGCUUUGACACUGGCAAAAGAGAAGAUGACUUACAGCAACAGACACGGCAUGUAGGUGACAUACAGCUAGAAGUGUCCCGGGGAACAGGAACUGAGGGAAGUCAGGCAACCCUGAUGAGCGAAGGAAGUGAGAACAAAUGCAUAACUGGUAUGAAGAAGUCUUGUACUUGGCUGUGUGGUCUCGAGUCCCUUCCAGACACCCAGGAGAACAAGGAGGAUCUGGAGGAACAACUGCAGUCACUGACUUCACUGGAGCAGAAUCGUUUUGCCAAAAUUGUUCUCAACAUAAAUCUCAUUGUAGUCGUAGUGGUUGGCAUUGGACUUUUCACCUAUUUUACAAUUGAUCCAUUUCCCGAGGGUUAUGAUCCUAAAGCAAAUAUAUCGCUUUACAUUGAUAUUUAAUAUUAAGGUUUUCAGUUUAGAUCACCACAGGGAAAUGAACGCCUUUACCAGAAUUCAUUAGAUAUUUUAGUGAUAAAAAUAUGAUGGUUCAGGUUGUCUUACAGAAACAGUUUAAUACUGUCUCAAUACAAAUUUUCAGGUAAUAAUAUACAUGCACAAACAUAAAACACACACACACACACACACACACACACACACAUAUAUAUAUAUAUAUAUAUAUAUAUAUAUAUAUAUAUAUAUAUAUAUAUAUAUAUAUAUAUAUAUAUAUAUAUAUA